UUGACACCAUGGCGAACAAAGUGUUGUUUACAUUUUCGUUAGUGAUUGCAGCAGCAUUGGCACAGUUCAAUCCAGUUUUGGAAGUGACUAGCUGUACUAAGAGCAAACUAGAGCUGACGUUGACUGACGGCGCCGACGGCGGUAUUAUCUACAUCCAGGGUCAAGGCACAGCUUGCCGACAGUUUACAACGUCGGGUGUUUCGUAUUAUACAAUCGACUUUGGCUCCUGUGGAAUUCAGUGGGAGGAAAGUUUUAAGGUGAUGGUUCAGAAGAAAGCUCUCUACCAGACUGGAGAGGACAAACAGAUUCCUGUCAUGUGUAUUGCAGACCUAGGAGACUUGACGGUCAGCAACAACCUCGACGUUGCGGACAAAGACGAUGAUGCCGGCCUGAACAAGACGGUAAAGCCCACAGCUACCAUGAGUUUGUACAGUAACGGCAAUAACGUUAACGGAGGAACCGUCAAACUUACCGACAUUGUCACGUUGGUCAUGGAACUCGACGCUGAAUAUAUAGAGGAUUUCGACAUCAAGGCAAAAUCCUGUUUCGCCGACAACAUUGAAAUCAUCUCUAAUGCUUGUCCAGUCGAUAUUGAAUUAUUCCCCCACAUCAGUAGAGUAUCCCAGGGACUGAUCCAAGCCCAGUUUGGAGCUUUCAGAACGACAUCUCUCGCCGGCGGUUCAGUUGCUAUGCCUUUUUCUUGUACUCUCCAGGUCUGUCUCGGUGCCUGCAGUCCAACAACCUGUAGUGAUGGUAUAGACAGUUACGGUAGAAAGAAGAGAGCCAUUGCCAAACGACAGGCCGAGGACAAUGCCGUCGAAGAUAUCAGUGUUGGUUCUUCUAUCUCCAUAGCAACAGAAGAAGUCGUUAUUCAGAGUCCUGAGGACAACAACAGUCUGAGUUUGAGCCCACUUUUGUUUGUUAUUUUGAUGAUUAUAAUGGUUGGCGGUCUCGCUUCCACUACCGCCGCCACCAUGAUCCUCUUCCGCAAACUCCAAGCAAAAGCCGGCAUAUUGAAGAAACUCAACUCUGGAAAUGCAAUGACUUCCGUAGCAUCCUCUUAGGAAAAUAGCCAUAGUCAAGGCCUAAUCUAUACAGUUACAUACACCGUCAGACAGCCAAAUUUGAUACAUUAUUGAUUUAAAAAAUAUUGUUCGGUCUGAGGACAUUAUUUUGCUUUAUUUAGAUUAGUUCUUAUUGUACGUUUUUCACACGUGGCUUAGUCCCAAAUCUCACCCAAUAUACUUUAGUGUUUUGCUUUAUGUAUACUCAUUUCCAAAAGAAAGUGUGCACUUUUUUAAGUUUAAACAUUUCAAAAAUUCCCCGACGUUUUUGUUUCAUUUUUUCAUACACUAAUUCUCAGGUAUAACUCAAAAUCUAAAAUGCACACCAAUUUGUUUACG